AAAAUAGCAUGGGGGGGCAGGGGGUCGGGCUGACUACACACCCCAGUGGAGGGUCYAGAGGAGUCAUGUGGACAAGUUUGACACAGACACAGAUAGCAGAGAGGAGUGGAGAUCCAGUAACCCAACAUAAAGCAGCUGGACUGAGUGAGAACCCGUCUAACUCAGAGGAUCCAAAACAACACUUAAAGGACCGUCUGCCUUCACUUGUCACAUGAACUUGCUGUAAUUGAAGGGCCAAGGCAAACCUAAAGUGGGAACCCAGCAGUUGAUUCUGGACCAUGAAGCUGAGCGUGGCAUUGUUUUUUGCAGGGCUCUUUGGGGCUUUGGCAGCUGUGCUCAUUCUGCUUUCUUUUGGAACGGAUUACUGGCUGCUGGCCUUGGAGACUUGCCAUCCUGACAGCUCGGAUAAAGAGCUGAAAGAUGUGACGCAGGACAGUAAAAAGUCAGUUUCAUACCAUGAGGGUUUCUUUUGGAUGUGCUAUUAUGGUGGCAAYGAUGAAAACCUGGCAUGGGCACAUGGCUUUGCAACCCGGCCUGACUUACAAACCUGCGUGCCUGCCUAUCUCCACUCGUACCCUCAGGUAACAAGUAAUGAGACCGACAGUACCACUGAUUACGCACCUGCCACCAUCUACAGAGGCUUYUGGAGCGUCUUCAUGCUCAUCAGUGUGGCGUCUGUGACUUUCGGUGGGUUUCUCAUCAUCUGUGCUGCUCCGUUUGCAAGCCACUGCUUGUAUAAAGCUGGAGGUGGCCUUUUCCUGAUAUCAGGUUUUUUCCUGCUGUGUUGUGUGGUGUUGUUCRUCUUGUGGUUCCAGCUGUCCGAUGUGAUCGACGUCUACGUGAAGAACCACGCUUCACAGUGUCCAGACUUCCAAGUGACCCUAAGCUAUGGUUUAUCCUUCAUGUUUGCUCCCAUUGGCRUCUUCUUCUCCCUCAUGGCCGGCCUUCUUUUCCUUCUUAUCGGUCGGACUAUCAAGAACAACUGAGGGAAAAAAGCAUAAAAAGCCUCUUAUUUUCAGAGUUUCUGCCACCUGUACACAAGACUCAGUAGAUUAUAGCACAGUUCUUUGGUCUCAGUAAGAACAUCAUUAUCAAAGCAUGCAGAGUAACUUUUAGAUAUUUUGUAUAAAUGCAAAUUCUGAGUGUCCAAGUUUUGGUUUGUGACAUUCAUAAUAUAAAAAUAGUUAAAAAUAUGUMAAAUAAAACACAAAUUUGAGCAAUUGAUAUAAAUUUAUGUUUYACAUAGGAGUCUUUUGUAACCUCGUUAUUUUUAUGUGAUUUUCUGCUCCAAUUUGUUUUUUGAUCUAAAGGUUUGUAAUUCUUGUUGAAGACCUGAAAUAACCUUUUUCUUUUAUCAGAAGUUGUGUUGGGAGUUAAGAGUUUUGGAGCAUGAAAAACAUUUUAAAAAUUGCUCUCUUUUUUCAUAAACACAAAAAUAAACUUGGUCAGCUGCCUUUUUCUACAUUAAACUAAAGAAAUAUAUCGUUUUCAUACAGUUAGGUUCAUGUAUAUUUGGACAGUGACAACAGUUUUCUAAUUUUGGUUUUAGACAUUACCACAAUAAAUUUUAAACAAAACAA